CAAUAAGGGAAUCGAUCUCCUUGGUUCAUCAAUCGUCUUUUCCUAAUUCAUCGAGCUUGCUCAGUGUGUUCCUGUGAAAUGAUACCAGUUAGGGUUGAACAGGUCCAGAUCGAGGAAUCAGAGAUUUGAAAGGGUAUAGCUGGAAUCGUCUCGCGCUCGACGCCUUCUACAGAAUCCCGCCGCCAUGCUUGCUCGGUGCGCCGACAGGGUUCACUCGUCUAUGCUGAUGGCGAGCGAUGGUGAGGAGGAAGAAGGAACCGCUGGGUACGUCCCGUCGCCGCCGCCGCCGCCAUGCCUUCCGCCGCGCCGAUUGAGGACACAGAAGAGAGAAAAGAACCUCUCGUCGUCUCUGCAACUUCGUGAACCGAAGAGAGAAUUUCACCAGUGGAGAUUCGGGCGGAGCAGAGCAGACUUAGGCAAUGGGAUUAGUGCGACUGCAGCGUCGACGAGGCGGACCGAGCAACACUCCCACCCGCCGCGAGGAAUCACUAGGUCGAGCGGCGCAUCGGAAGGCAGUUGCGGCGACGACGGCGAAGACUCCUAGGGCGAACGGCGAGGACGACGAAGACUCCCCAAAAUCACCCCCGCUACCCCAAUUGCAUUACAGAAGUCUACUUCGCCGUUUCUGCGUCGUUUCCUUCCCUUUGCAAGCUUUCGAUUCCAUUCGUUUCCCAUGCCAUAGCUUCGUACUUUCCCCUGCAACUCCUUCACUCUUCAUCUCCGCUUCCCGGGUUAAUUUCGUGCAAAUCCUCCCUAGAUGAUGACCAAGAAGAAAUAGCUGAAGCAGACACUGAGGUGGACCUGGAAUUUGAUGAGUCUGAUGGAGAGGAUCACGAGUUUGACGUCGAUGAGUUCGAACAGGAAGCUAAAGUUGCAGUUAGGGAAUACUCGUCGUCCUUAUCCCGUGAAUUGAUAAUCGGUUAGGUCUUUCGUGGGUUUCUGAUUCAGGUUUUGUGAAAUAUUAUGAAGUUCGCUCAUUGUUCUAUCACUGAUUUUUGCUUGCAGAAGAUGAGGCUGAUACCAGAAAGGAAUCUAGGAAGCAGAGGAGGAAGAAGCUCACAGUUAAAGAGAUUCCAGAUCAUCUUCUCUCCAAGGUAGCCAUUGUUGGGAGACCGAAUGUUGGGAAAUCAGCAUUGUUUAACCGCCUUGUUGGGGAGAACAAUGCUAUUGUGGUGGAUGAACCUGGAGUUACUCGUGAUCGUCUCUACGGAAGAUCCUUUUGGGGUGAUCAUGAGUUCAUGGUGGUGGAUACCGGCGGAGUGAUCACUGUGUCGAAUUAAAAAAAUGAGGUUAUGGAUGAACUUGCUAUCACGACAACCAUUGGCAUGGAAGGAAUUCCGCUUGCCUCUAGGGAAGCUGCGGUUGCCAGGAUGCCCUCAAUGAUCGAGAAACAAGCAACUGCUGCUGUGGAGGAAUCCUCUGCCAUUAUAUUCCUUGUUGAUGGACAGGCAAGCCUCACAGCAGCUGAUGUGGAGAUAGCAGAUUGGCUAAGAAAGCAUUACUCCAACAAGUUUGUGAUUCUUGCCGUCAAUAAGUGUGAAUCUCCAAAGAAAGGGAUCAUGCAAGUUUCAAAGACGCGGGCUUUCUUUGAGAUGGAUAAAUUAAUGCUGCUUGAUAUCCGUUAUUUUGCCGAUCAACCUAGGUUCUCGUCCCUCCCUAUAUCAGCUUUAUCUGGACCUGGAACUGGGGAGCUCCUUGACCUUGUGUGUUCUGGACUAGCUAAAUUAGAGGUUUCAGAAGAUCUCCAUGAAGAACAAGAUGAAGAUUACGUUCCAGCAAUUUCAAUCGUUGGCCGGCCAAAUGUUGGGAAAAGCAGCAUUCUAAAUGCAUUGGUUGGUGAGGAUAGAACUAUAGUUAGCCCCAUCAAUGGAACUACACGUGAUGCCAUUGAUACGGAAUUUACAGGACCUGAUGGCGAGGACAUGGGUGAUUUGACCUCCCUAAGGUCACUGUUUUUGCAGAAGUUUCGACUCAUCGAUACAGCUGGAAUCAGGAAAAGGGCCGUCGUGGCUUCUUCAGGUAGCACCACAGAGGCAUUAUCAGUGAACCCAGCAUUUCGAGCCAUUCGGCGUUCUGAUGUUGUUGCUCUUGUCAUUGAGGCCAUGGCAUGCAUCACGGAGCAGGAUUUUAAAAUAGCCGAAAGAAUUGAGAAGGAAGGUAAAGGCUGCCUGAUAGUUGUUAAUAAAUGGGACACCAUACCAAACAAAAACCAGCAGACUGCAGUGUACUACGAACAAGACGUGCGAGACUCUCAAUCCAGGUAAUCCCUUGAGUUGUCUCUUGUUCUGUGUUUAGUUCGAUUUUCUCGGCGAACCAGAUUCUUGAGUUUGAAUUCCCAAUUGGAAGAAUCGAACCCUACUUUGCUCUUCCCAAUUUCAGUCUCAUUGAUCGAUCGAUUAUUACUUGAUUUCAUUUCAGAAAUCAUUGAAACCCUAAGUUUCGAUUUCCGUUUCAUUUGAACCGCCGGUCUGUUUGCUUCUUAGUUCUGGUCGACUUCUUCACUGGAUAAGCAAUUCCCCAGUCUACUAUUUCAUUCAUAUUUCUACUUGAUUGGUAUUUGACCAUGAAGCUCUAUGACCAGUGGAAAAGCUCUCAAAGAACAUCUGUAGUUUUUUUUAUGUUGCAUUUCUUAGUUUGCAAGUUGAAAAGGACAAUUCCCCCCACCCCACCCACAUGAACGACAUCAAGUUCUUAAAAUUUUGAAUUAGUGAAGUUUGUAAAGGUUUCAGUCUAAUGGUUGUCUACUUUAUCAAUUGUUAUGGCUUGUGUCAUUGUUCUGGAGUUUGGCUAUUGUGAAACGAAGAGUUUGAUUAGUUUUUACCAACUGCUCAUAAGCCAUUUUAAAGCUGCCAAUUCUACAAGAUAUAAAUUUUGUUGCCCAAUUCUAAGCUACUGCUUACAACUAUGUACUGCUAGCUUAGUAGUUAUAAUGACUCCUCAAUGCUCAAAUACUAGGUGAAUCCAGUACAAAUAAGCAAACGAUAGUCAGUAUAAUUAUAAGAACGGCACCGUAGUGCAAGGCUGCUUCUCUCAAUCAGAUUCCAUCCUUUCCUUCGCUUAUCUUUUGUUUUACCUUAUUGAGUUUCAUUGUGUACCCAGGUAAAUUGAUAGGGACACCGUGCCUUGGUUUCAUGGUCGGGGAGAGCUUUACUCCCAUCAGUGGCUCGGGAGUGAUCUGCGUUGGCCGGUUAGUGCUCCGCGAUGAAGGCAUGAUGUACUGAGAUGAGGGCAAGAAGUUUUUUGCCUAGGAAAGAUUAUGAAUGCACAUAACCUUCUUCUUUCCUUUAUGCUGCUGAGCUUUCACUUGCAUUCUACUGAAGAGGACUUAGGAACUCCAAGUUGAGGCGGUAUUACAUUCCCUGGUGCUGAAAGCCAAAGGAAUUGCUGUUGAUGUGUCAUCUCAGGAAGACUGUUUGUGAAGGAUCACCUAGGGUUCGAGUGACUAGGUGUCUGGAAACCUUUUUGCGAAGAAGUUGUGUCGUCAAGACGAACAUUAGAAGGGAAACAUGUAAACUUGGAAUAAACCGUAUGCAAAGUAGUGGACUUUCAAUCUCUUGGCGCUAACAUGCAGAGUUUUCUGCAUUUCUGUCCCGUGUUUGUUUGAGGUUGCUGCAGAUGCUCUAAAUCAUGUAGUUUUAGAUGUAAGGCACUGCCACACCUUCUCCACGCCAAAUUUGCAUAAAGAAAAAAAAAAAAAAACAGUGUG